AUGGAUACGGGUCGUAGUCGACCUAGUCGUGCGAGAUGUCGGUCUGUCUCUCAGACAGCCCGAGUUCUUGUUUUCGACGAGCCAAGUGGAGCGGAUGAGAGCAUGUCAAGCAGGAGAUUUUCCGAUUCGGAAGAACCAAAGCCAGUUCAGCAUAUGGAAGUACCAAAUUUUGUUAAAAUGCGGUCAACACUGGGUCAAUCAGCUCCGUCCCUUUCGGCAAACGUCAAAGAAGGUGCUAUAUCGCGAAAAACUAGUCUCAUAGCUCAUAGGAAAAGUUUGGUUUCGGCAACGUCGCCCACGUUACCUCGGUGUCAUUCCCCCAUUCCGGCUAGUCCGCUAGAAAGCCCUCGCAUGUCGCCGAGCAUGGGUCAUUUUUCGUUUGUUUCGUUGAAAAGAGGAGAUGGGAGGAGGUGGUCGGUGGCUUCGUUGCCUUCUUCCGGCUACGGAACGACUCCCGGUAGCUCCGACGUUUCAUCGCAAUGUUCAAGUCAGGAAAGACUCCAUCAGCUUCCGAGCGUGCCAACGGUGGAUGAAUUACAAAUGCUGUCGCAGCAUUUUUCGUCAAACGAUCACGGGGAAGAGGAGGGUCGACGCUCUCCCAGGUUCAGGCCCAGAUCGAGGAGUUUAAGUAGUCCUAGUCGUUUGCCGGUUUUCGAUAACGACAUCGUUCUCAUGAACACUCUGUACAAGGAGAGAUUUCCGAAAGCCACGCAACAAAUGGAAGAGAAAUUGAAAAGUUUCAUUAUUGAAAACACUUCCGAAGCACACUGUGAUAUUUUUGAUAACGUUUCGCAAGAUUCGGUACCCAUUAUAAGAUUCGUUCAUCACCAAAUAAUUGAAAUGGCGAGAGAUUGUUUGCAAAAGUCACAAGAAAAAUUAAUAACUAGUCUGUACUUUUACGAAAUGACUGAAAAUUUAGAAAUUCUUUUAACCGAAACUAAAGAGAAAUCCCCUCAAGCCGCGUCGAAAAUCACUGGGCCGGCUCGAUUGUUGGAAUGUUUGGAAUUCAAUCCCGAAGAGUUUUAUCGCAUAUUGGAAAAGGUCGAAGGUCAUGCUAAGUCAAAUCAGGGAAUCAAAGACGAUUUGCCCCAGUACAUUGUCGGCAAGUUGGGUUUAAAUAGAGAUCCGAUCGCGGAAUUUCAAGAAGAUUUGGAUUUGUUGGAAAAUUUCUCGAAGGAAAACAAUCAAUCAGUGCAAUACAACAACGCUCCGGUUACGCAAUCGGAAGAAAUGAAAAAAAUAACCGUGAAACCUCCCGCGGAAGAUGAUUUCGAGAUAAUCAAACUUAUUUCGAACGGAGCUUACGGAGCCGUUUAUUUGGUGCGAUUAAAAGAAACGCGUCAAAGAUUUGCAAUGAAAAAAAUAAAUAAAAAUAAUUUGAUGUUGAGAAAUCAAGUUGAGCAAGUUUUCGCCGAGAGGGAUAUCAUGAGUUUCACCGAUAAUCCUUUCGUCGUGAGCAUGAUAUGUAGCAUUGAAACAAAAAGACAUUUAUGCCUCGUCAUGGAAUACGUUGAAGGCGGCGAUUGCGCAAACCUGUUAAAAAGUAUCGGUCCUCUACCUUCGGACAUGGCGAGAUUUUAUUUUGCUGAAACGGUUCUUGCGGUUGAAUAUUUACACAGUUACGGAAUCGUUCACAGAGAUUUAAAACCGGAUAAUUUACUGAUAACAGCUUUGGGCCACAUAAAAUUAACCGAUUUUGGCUUAAGUAAAAUGGGUUUAAUGUCGUUGGCCACAAAUAUUUACGAAGGAUACAUUGAUAAAGAAACAAAACAAUUUUCCGAUAAACAAGUCAUUGGCACUCCGGAAUACAUUGCUCCGGAAGUGAUUUUGCGUCAGGGCUACGGAAAACCCGUCGACUGGUGGUCGAUGGGUAUAAUUUUAUACGAGUUUUUGGUCGGGUGCGUUCCAUUUUUCGGGGAAACCCCCGAAGAAUUGUUCGCGCACACAAUUUACGACGAUAUCGAAUGGCCGGACGAAAGUGAUUGGCCUGUUCAAUCGGAAGCGAAAAGCUUAAUAACAUUACUCUUGCAACAAAAUCCGAGAGACAGGUUGGGUACGGGUGGAGCGCAAGAGGUGAAAGAACAUCAGUAUUUUUCCACGAUUGAUUGGAAUUCGUUAUUGCGUCAAAAAGCCGAAUUCGUACCGCAAUUGGAUCACGAGGAAGAUACGAGUUAUUUCGAUUCUAGAACCGAUCGAUACAAUCACGAUAUGGGAGAAGAUACGGACGACACGGACGAAUCUCCAUUGUUCGGAUCGUUCGCAUCCUACUCUCCGCAAUAUAGAAAAGCCCAAGGUCGACUAAAUCUCAAUGACGAAAUCGAAGGUUGCCUUUCUAAAAAGGGAAAAGGAAAAGUUUUGGUUGGAACCGACGACUUGGAUAAUCAAAUGUCAAAUCUUGUUGUAACACCAGAAGUGGAAACAAUUAAAGAAAUGUAUGACGCAAAAACCAUAAGUGAAAGUAAACCGACCGCUUUGCCGAGCACGCCUGAAUCGUCGCAAACUGAAAGUGAUGACGUAUCACCUCAAGUUCAAAGAAAGAGAAGAUUGCACAGUCGUGAAAGUUUGCCCAGGUUUUCCAUUUCGGUCGAAGAAGAAAGAGCCAAGCAUGAAUUUUCUAAAUCUUCUGGAAUUCCUAACCGUGAACUUUUGCCCGUGGAAGAAAAAUUUGGGUCGUUAAAUGUCACUCCGAGAGUUCCAGGGUUAAAUUUAUCAUUAUUAUCGAAAAAUCGUCCCCGAGGAGUGAUAAAGAGCGCAUCUGCUUCUGGAUUGUCACUUAUGAUACCAACGGAUUACGUCGUCGAUGAUUUACCCCCACAGUCAAUGCAAUCUCCUGGGGGUUCGAGCAGCUGCAGUUCUCGUGACACGUCUCCUUGCCGCGAGUUUUUACCAUUAAUAUCAUCGUUAAAGAAACCAAUCAUCAUUCGACGCGGUCCCAAAGGUUUCGGAUUCACAGUUCACACGAUUCGAGUGUACUACGGUGAUACCGAUUUUUACACGAUGCAUCAUUUAAUUAUGGCCGUGGACGAAGAAUCUCCCGCUUAUUCUGCCGGUUUACGACCCGGAGAUUUAAUAACUCAUAUAAAUGGAGAAUCCGUGCAAGGGUUAUAUCACACACAAGUAUUACAGUUACUUCUUUCCGGUGGAGAGCACGUCACGAUUAGAUCUACUCCAUUGGAAAACACUUCUAUAAAAACAGGUGGCAGAAAAAGAGAACCAAUGCAGAGUAAAUUGGCCAAGCGUAGUCUACUUAAACAGAGAAGGCAAAAAAGAGAACAAAACGAUAAAAAAAAGAAAAAUUCGCUGUUCAGAAAAAUAAGCAGCAAGCAUGCUAACGUUGAAAAACAGCAGAAAACCUCAUUAAGUUCUCCCACCAUGGUGACUCCGAGUCGGAGCUUUCAAUCUUUUCCCAGAGCGCUUUCUCAAGAAUUACCAACAGUAUCAGCUAAAACUGCAUCCUCUCAGUCAACCCCUCGUCUUUCAUUUUCCCCGAUUGACAGUAGUUUGUCGACGACGAGCUCGUCCGGAAGUUCGUCUAUAAGUAGUCCGGGAAGCACGGUGGGAAAUUCUGCCGCAGCAGCUCAAUAUCAAAGACCGUCUACACUCCACGGCCUGAAACAUAAAUUACACACAACACCGAAAACGAUCCAUUCCUCAAAUCGUCGAAAAUCAGUCGGCCACAUACCUCUCAGUCCAUUAGCGAGAACUCCUUCUCCGUCUCCGAUACCGGCCUCUCCGACCAGAUCACCCAGUCCGUUAGCAUUCCCAGUUGGACAUCAACCCGGAAGUUCUAACACGACUCAGUCUUACUCCCCUGGCUCAUCUCUCACGCCAGUGUCUAGCAACAAAAAAAGUUUCAACAGACCUAAAAGUGCCGAGCCUGGUUCUCCAUUAUUGCGAAGAGCUCUGUCACCCGAUCGCCUUCAUCCGAGGAGUGCAGAAGGAAAAACCAAAUCCGUACCAUCCACUAUAUCCCCUUUGUGCAAUAUGGAUUUAAAAGUCAACAUGACCAUAGCUCCGAGAGUGACGAUAACAUCUCAACAUUCUACGAUCGUUGUCAAAGAACCGAGUAUCACGUACCCUCGUUCCGUGUCGGGAAAACACGAAACCAUACCUGAAUCCAACACUCAUAAAAUUGAAACGAACGAUUUGAUCCGGAGCAUGUCGGGAGAAAUGGGAAUUUCCGGUCACGACAAGACAAAUUCUCCAAAUUAUAAAAUUUUACCGCUCGACGAGAAAAUCCGCGGGGAAAACUGUCGACUGAGUUUGUCUUCUCUCGGAUCGACCUCGUCUCAAAAUUCUGAACGAGAGAGAACGAGUCAACCGUUGCCGAGAAUAGCAGAAGAAAAGGAUUCUCCGACCGGAGCCAAGGAAGGUUUCAUAUCGGAUUUGCUCAAGAGGAGAAAAUCGGAAGCGGAGGAAAAGAAAUCGAAGCAAGACGUCGUCGUCGAAUCCGUGCAAUAUUUCGAAGCCACGUGUCAAGUCAAACAUUACGAGAUGAAAAGAUGCGGGGUCAUUUUUCCGGCGACGAAUCAAGUGGCGACGAUAUCGUCGCAAUACGCAGAAAAAUUCGAACAGGGGGCGGAAAAGUGUAAGAAAUCAACGGACGGUGACGACAAAGGGAAACAUAAGAUUUCAACGGAUGCAUCGGCGGAAACCGUCAAAUCGUGUCCGAGACCGGAAGAUGAACCUUCGUCCGGAGAAAAAGACUCCAAGACGUUCUGUCAGACAAAAUGCGAGAGCGCCGCCGCCGCCCACGCCGCCACCGCCGGCAAAAAGAAAUGCAGCGGUAAAAAUGAAAAUUUCGGUAAGAACAAAAGCGGUAAAGAAAAAAAAAAUAAUAACAAUCAAAAAGAAUGA